AAUGAAAUGAAAGAAAAAAAACAAGUGAACUCUAGUCUUUCUGUUGUCAUUCGCAUAUACAUGAUCGUGAAGAAAUGAUCUGUACCAAUUCUUUACACAUUGGUCUCAAUAAAAGUUUGUUACUCAUAGUUGGUCUAUGGCCUUAUCAGCAAUCUAAACUUAUUCAACUCCAAUUAACGUUGUUUAUUAGCGUUUUGAUGACAUUUAUCUUAGUUCAGUUUACGGCAUUUUUUACUUUACGAUGUACAUCAGAAUUAAUCGUCAAUAUUCUUGCGUCUGCAUUAUUUUAUAUUUUCUUUGCAAUUAAAUAUAGUUCAUUUAGUGUUAACCUUGAAGCCGUAAAGUAUAUGUUGGAACAACUGCAACAUUUGUAUAAUGAACUAACUGACGAAAAUGAAAUCAAUAUUAUAAAGCAAUAUGCGAUCUAUGCAAAACGUUACACUAUUGGAUUAACAUGUAAGACAAUUGUUUUUUAUUUUUAUAAAACACAAAUUAUAUAUUAUAUUUUGAAAAUUAGUCGAUAAAGGACCUCGCACAUUUUUUAUGGCUUCUAGUUCUUGGUCAAAUCUUCUCAUAUUUUGGGAAAAUGUAGGUGUCCUCAUUAAAAGUGUGAAUAAGCGCGGGCUC